CCAGCUGCAGCCCCAGGAUGACCGAGUGGGAGACAGAUGCACCUGCAGUGGCAGAAACCCCAGACAUCAAGCUCUUUGGGAAGUGGAGCACUGAUGACAUGCAAAUAAACGAUAUUUCCCAGCAGGAUUACAUUGCAGUAAAGGAGAAGUAUGCCAAGUAUCUCCCACACAGUGCAGGGCGCUAUGCUGCCAAGAGCUCCCACAAAGCCCAGUGCCCCAUCGUGGAGCGCCUCACCAACCCCAUGAUGAUGCACAGCCACAACAAUGGCAAGAAGCUCGUGACUGUGCACAUCAUCAAGCACACCUUUGAGAUCAUUCACCUGCUGACUGGGGAGAACCCUCUACAGGUCUUAGUGAAUGCCAUCAUCAAUAGUGGCCCCCGGGAAGACUCCACGCACAUUGGGCGAGCUGGGACGGCAGGCUGUGGAUGUGCCCUGCUGUGCCAUGUUAAUCAGGCCAUCUGGCUGCUGUGCACGGGUGCUUGGGAAGCUGCCUUCCUAAACUUCAAAACCACUGCUGAGUGCCUAGUUGACGAGCUCAUCAAUGCGUAUAAGGAUUUCUCCAACUCCUAUGUCAUCAAGAAGAAGGACGAACUAGAGCCAAGUCCAACUGCUGAUUUCCCAGCCACUGCCCAAUAA